GCAAGAUCAUGGAACUCUGUCUACUUCCAGACACCUGCCCUUGUGAGACUUGGGUGGAAAAGCGACCAUACAACUCUUUUUUUUUGUUUUGUGACCCCCUAUUUGGACCGUUAAGGCAGACCGACUCGACAAUCCUACAGACCACCUCGUGCUAUUGUUUUAGAUCCACCCCCAAGAGAUGCCUGGAGAUCGCAUUUCACCUUCACCCUACGGGAAAAACGGAGGUGGCUUCUCUUGAAGGGACGAUCGGUCCUCUAAGAUCAAUCCAUCAGUUCUCCCCCUUCCAGGAACCCCUUCCGAAAGCGACAUCCUUCACCGAGUCGCUCAAAGUAAUUGAUGACGACUUCCUUCUGCCAUGUCGGCCUCGACUUCUCCCACAGAGUUGCGUAGUAAGGCUUGGUGAGUUGCUUCGUCUCAAACCAUUCUCUAUCAGCAUCCCAUAUUUCAACUAGUCGAAAGUGGCUUGGGUCUUCCGGGUCCUGGAAUAUGUCGAAGAGAAGACAUUCCGGCUCGUUGCCACAUGCUUCCCAUACCGGACGAUGGGCGGCCUUCCAUUCUUCGAUCCGGUCGAGAUGGACAUGGAAGUCGACAAAGAGAGUGAGUUGCUUUUUGUUGGUCAUUAUCAACCAGGUGUUUUGGCCCAACUUGUUUCAUGCAGUGUCCUUGAUGGAAGAUCCGAGGCGUACACCCGAGGUCAUCGAUUUGUCUUGGUCGAGAGUCCGUGAGUGUCAAACUUCAAGAAAUAGAGUCUCAGCGAUGUCCGUUGAUUUAUGGAAUUGAUUCUCUCGUACCACCAGCCUCACAUUUCAGAGAGAACAGCAGAUGUCAACUCGAAUUAUCUGAUGACAAAUCAAAACGAUCGGCGUUUCGAGAUCCGGAGCGUAUGGAGUUCACGUUAUUGAUGCCACCCACAAAACCAAGACUCGUCAUAAAGGAGAGGCAGCGUACGAAGAGCGCCAUGUCCCAGUACAAGAAAAACUCGAGUGUCAAUAUAUCAUUCAGUGCAAGAUGCCGACCUUCUUUCUUACUGCUAAUAUUUACGUCCCAGACUCAUAAACGCAUUUGGGUGCUGACUCUGUAAAUAUUGAGAACAUCUUAUCCCCAGGGUAGUUGGUUUCGUCCUGCCCUGCGUAUCUUCACCGAAGUCUUGAAUCAGCGACACGGCAUUUUGCCUCUGUGGUUUGGUCUGUGGCCGCCGUCGCUACUACCAAACGGAGAUGUGAUGCAUCGUCCAAAGUUGGGCUACCAUUUGGCUUGCAUUCUGACAAGUCUGCAAUAUUGGGAGGUAUCCGAGGCUGGGGAUCCCAUGCGGCCGGUCUUGAUCGAUACUCGUCAGGGAUGCCUGAUCUUUCUUUGGUCCGGGUUUGGCAAGCCAUAGCAUCCAUCUCCUCGCCGAAAUCUGCCAUAUUUGCGAAAGCCAUCGGUUCAUUUACGAAUUGUUCUUUGCUACCACUUGCGAGGGAAAGUGUCCAGCGGCCAAUGAAUUGACUCGACUUCCUUCCAAUGAGGACAUGCUACGAGAUCGUAUGCUACGCGCAGUCAAAUAGGCCCGGCGCAGUUAAUUAAUGGGAUCAUUUCGACACGUCUCAAGCGAAAUCCACACAAUUUGGAAUGCGAGGGUCUUCGCGCGGCCUUCACAUAGUAGGCAUGCUUCUGGGGACAAUCUGACAUCGGAGACUCCAUUUCAGCCUCACGACCAGUGCUACGCCUUACGUGUACUGCUUUCAUUCGACCACGACAUUCUACGAUAGACUUCUCAAGACCUUUUCCCGCUCGCUUGCGGUAAAACUCCUGCAGGCGACGAACUGAUCCCAUCGCUAAGCGCCACGCUACGAGACAUUUGGUGUGUGGGGGCAGAAGUUGCCCGUCUGAUAUGAGCAUUCCAACAGCCUAAUAAAGAGCACUGAUGCCUUGACGCACAGCCGUGCCGCUCUGGAUCAUUUCUAUACCCAUCUAGGAGCAUUCAUCUGCCAUCCCUCACUUUCGAAAGGUUAUCUCAACAUUGGGCUAGGCAUUCCCGCCUCGAGAUCAGCGACGAGAUGGCCCUUCUUUCUGACAUACAAACUGCCAUCUCGGGCACAAUUGCAGUUUACAAAUUCAUUCUAAGUUAUCGCAUCGCAGAUAAGGAAAUUCAAGACCUCAGCUCGGAUGUACUAGCUCUUCUGGCUGUCCUUGAUUCUCUUGCAAGUGUUUGCGAAAUUACACAUAACAGCACUAGCCUCGAUGCUUUAAAAAUUGCCUCCGAUAGCUGUUUAAAGUGUCUCGAUACCCUUCUGGACCAGCUCCCAGAUUCAGUGAAGCAGAGAAUUGGUCAAAUGAAGUCGGACGCUUCGGUAUUUCAGAAGAUCAAAUUUGCUGGAUUCCAGAAAAAGGGAUUGGAGGAAUUUAGGAGAUCGUUGCUCGAAUGUAAGGCUACCUUGAAUAUUGCCUUAAGCAAGACACAAUUACAUGAAACUUCAAAUCGACUUAAACGAAUCCAGGACUCUCUGGAACUAAACAGUGCCGAAAUCAGUGCCGAAAUCAGAAAAUCCCAAGACAACAUCCGGCAGGACAUCCAAAGGCUUGAAGAGACCAUCAAGUUCCAAGGCGCAGAGUCGGAUGUUUCGGACAAGGCCGUGCAUAGGUAGGGGAUCACGAAGGACAUGCUGAACGUGCUAACCCGAAAGGCAGCGAUAGUGACCGUACUGACAGCGGUGCGAUGAAGACCUUCCAUCUCAGAAGGAGGGAUAGGCUCCAUGGAUUUAUGUCAUCAACACCGGCUGUCAACGACAAUUCAUUGGAUGGUGAAAACCUCUCCAGGGAGGUGAAACUCCCAUCGAUGAAAUUUGUCUGGACGGUGGACGUCCUUGUCCCGAAUGGGCGACGGUCUAGAGAUGUCAGCGCCGGCGUCGAUCCCGAUUUGAAGUUUAGUUGGACAGACAACUCUUUCGUCUUUUCGAAGUUGAAAGCUUCGGACCAGAUAAAGCGGAUCCAGGACGUUGAGGACGACUCCUUCUACAAAGGGAAGAGCCAGAGCAUGUUCAAGCUGCGGUAUAAAAAAAACUACUACGAGCCCGAGGGCGUGGUCCGCCUUUGGAUAUCACGUCACAGACACUUCGACCGCGUUCCCAUCGACUUCUUGGUCUUCGAUUCUCUAGCACCACCUGGCGAGGUCGGGCUCGUCAUCUGUUCCGACCAACUGCGGCUGACGAGCGAUGCACAGCAAAGUGGGCCGGCGACCAAGACCUCCUCCAGCUACAACUUGAACUCCCCUGGGGAGUCUGCCCAGGCUCGACCAUCGAACACUAGACGACCUUCGGGGAAUCCUCGUGGCACGCCUUCUACCACGUCUGCCAGUAAUCAGCAUCAGCCACCAGUCGCUCAAAGCCAAUCAUACGCCAGAGACUCUCGAAGCGCACCCAGCACGUCGACUCGUCCUCAAAAUCAACAGUCUGAUGCUCAAAGGUACUCUUCUGCCGGCUCUCGAAGAGACCUUCCCACCACACCGACUCGUACCCAAAAUCAGCAGGCUGAUCCUCAAAGACACCCUGCCGACUCCGCCACCUCUCGACGUAGCAUUCCCACCACAUCGACUCGUCCUCAAAAUCGGCAGCCUGAUCCUCAAAGACAACCUGACAGAUUUCGAAGCAACGUCCCCAGUGCGUCGUCGACUCCAAGGCAAAACCGGCAACCGGAGAAGCAGAAACACCCUGUCAGAGGUGGAUAUCGAGACAACCAUUCCAGCUCGUCUACCGAUAGCGAGUCUCAAUCGACAGACUCUGAAGAACGCUCGGAUAGUCGCCGAGCGUCUCGGAGACCUUCCACCACCCAUUCGCAGCGGCAAAAGGACAAACGAUACAGAUAGUGUCUUGAAGGGUUCCCUUCCUGGCGCCGGUGUGCGCGUCGAUUGUCAGGCUGUAGAGCUUUGAGGAGACCAGGGAAAUCGUGCGGAGCAAGAUCUUUAGGUAGACUCCUGGCUCCCCUUGGGUUUGAUUGAUCAGACGGAAGUAAUGUAUGUAAUGUUGUAAAAUUUGAC